CCUAUUUUCUGAUCAAUUUGACCAAAGUGCAAUCGGGUCUCUUAUCUAUCAACAACACCAAACGGCCUUUAUGUCAUCAUCUAGGUCCACGUACUCUGCUUGACGAUAGAUUGACCCGAUUCGAUUUCGCCCGCUCUGGUGAGUCAGUAUGGGAAGAGCCAGAGUCGAGGACAACAACUGGUACGGGGUACAAGAUCCCCGUAAGAGGAAGCAAAUUCAAGACAGACUUGCACAGAGAGCAAGACGGCAACGCCUAGCAGAGGCGAAGAAGGGCACCUCCGCUUCCUCAGACCAAGGAGCUCGUCCUGGUUCUAGCGACUCUCCAGGCUCCAAUAAUUCCAGCAACGAAGAUCUGUCGCAGUGCCUCCCAACCCCCGUUCCUCGCUCUCCCGACGGGUAUCAGGCCAUCAUCGGGCUAUCGACCAACCCCGACAGUUGCGUUCACACAACUGUCACCGCCAACGUCUAUGGCGCUCUCUAUAUCAAUGGAGCCUUGAUGGGUCUUGCCUGCUCCGUCACGUUCGCAUCAAAAUCCCAGCCAUUUGGUCCUGAGCUUCCAGAUACUUUACGACCGACUCCCUUACAGCUCACCACUGUACAUCCGCAGUGGAUCGACCGGUUUCCCUUUCCCAAGAUGAGAGACAACAUGAUCACCCUGCUAAGCAUUAUCGACGAGGAAGAGUUUUUGGGCGACUUAUUCUGCCUGACCAGCUUCACUAUCGAACCUGGGGCCGCCUCAUGGGAUCCGACUGCUUGGAAAAUAUCAAAGGAGUUUGGAGCAAAAUGGGGAUAUCUGUUUUAUUGAUUGAUUCCACGAACCCUACGAGCUCAAACUGUUUUGACUUCAUCAGCAGCAAUCUGUCUACCUGCAUCACGCCGCCUUUACGGCGUCCAUGAUAGCCAUUGCGGUCUCCUCUGGAGCACUGGCGUUCGGCACAUGGUCGGUCUUGAUUGAAUGGACGUCGACUUUGUUCCCGCUCUCUUUCUCUAUCAUUUCGAUGCACUGGCGCUGAAAAUCCGGAGGCAAGAUGAGAUCGUUUUCGCAGAAGAUCCAUGACACAGGCACAUAUCUAUACCCGGGAUACGUGAGCUUGCCUUGGAAGCUAGGAGCUGAGUGUAGCGGCAUCUUCUUGACCCAUUCAAUUCCUUCCUCGAGCGGAAGGUCGGAGAAUGUCAGCCUCGCGCUUUCUUCGAAGGGUUCGUGUCGCAUGUAGUCGCCCUGUUUCAACGUUAAAUUGGACCAAUUCAGAAUGGCCAGCUUCCGACUUACGUCAACUUUGAGGUAGGUCGGUAGCAAAGUUCCCAUCAGAUCCGCCAGCGAGUUCUCCGGAGUGGGCACCACCGAGGUCAAAUACACCAGUCUGACAAGUCCGCCUUCUUUACCGGCCUCUUUCCUCUCGCUCUUAGAGAGGUCUUUCGAAGCUUCUGUGCCGACAACGCCGCCAUAAGAAUGCGUUACGAGGACGACGUCCUUGCCCUGGUCGGCGACUUUUUCCACAAUGUCGUGGAAGAAGGCAGCGUCGUCUGCCAUGGUGGCAGCUGGUUCGGGAGGCGAACGACUGGCGGAAGGGAGAUUGCCAACGAUGGUUUCGAAACCACCUUCGCGGAGCUUGUCGACGACCGCAUCAUAAAAGUAGGCAGGGGAGAAUGAACCGGGCACAAUGACAAUGGUCGGCUUCGCGCCCCUGGGAUUCAGAUCUUGCACCAUGUUGAAAGUAUAAGUAUCAACCGCCUUCAGUGAUGACACAGGGCGGCAAGAAUGGGAAGCUGAGAGUUAGAUUGAAG